AUGACCGUCUCUCUGUUCGUCACUGUCACCGUUCGCUCACUCUGUUCAUCACUGUCACCGUUCGCUCACUCUGUUCAUCACUGUCACCGUUCGCUCACUCUGUUCAUCACUGUCACCGUUCGCUCACUCUGUUCAUCACUGUCACCGUUCGCUCACUCUGUUCAUCACUGUCACCGUUCGCUCACUCUGUUCAUCACUGUCACCGUUCGCUCACUCUGUUCAUCACUGUCACCGUUCGCUCACUCUGUUCAUCACUGUCACCGUUCGCUCACUCUGUUCAUCACUGUCACCGUUCGCUCACUCUGUUCAUCACUGUCACCGUUCGCUCACUCUGUUCAUCACUGUCACCGUUCGCUCACUCUGUUCAUCACUGUCACCGUUCGCUCACUCUGUUCAUCACUGUCACCGUUCGCUCACUCUGUUCAAGCGUUUCAACAUCUAAGUUCCGAGAGUUUCAGCUCUCCACCAUAUCAGCUGCACCAACCUACGUAUCGCUCGUUAGCAACAAACCCAAAUCCAAACAAGAAAAAAGCUGCAAACCUCACUGCUCUGUCCACCGUCUGCCAGGAAAACAACGACGACGCGCCGCCUCAGCUCCCCCCAUCGGAACAAGAAGCCGUCUACCGAGUCCUCAACUCAGUCAACCCCGCCAUCCCGUGGCGAACCAUCUUCCCCGACAACCUCUGCGCCUCACCAUCAGACGGCGUCGUAUGCGACUACCCCGACGCUUCCUCAUCAACCUCUCUCCACGUCACCGAGCUCCACUUGGGCUACGUCUCGGACUACACGCAGAACCCUCCUUGCUCGUCAAACGCUACUCUCGACCCUCUCCUCUUCACUUCUUUCGAACACCUCCGCAAGCUCUUCUUCUACAAAUGCUUCACCGGAGCUCCCGCCUCGCUGCCGGCGACCAUCCCGGAGGAGUUCGGCUCGGUCCUCGAAGAGCUCGUCUUCAUCGAAAACCCUUCUCUCUCCGGCGACGUCGGCGUCUUGAUCGGUAACUUCACCAAACUGAGAAGGCUAGUGUUAACCGGAAACGGGUUUCACGGCUCGAUUCCAAACCGGAUCUCCGGUUUAGUCAGCCUACAAGAGAUCACUCUCUCUAGAAACAGCUUAACCGGAGGCUUUCCAUCAAACGCCACGUCACGUCUGAAGAAUCUCAAAGUCCUCGACUUUAGCCAUAACUCUCUCACCGGAGACGCUCCUGACUCCAUCGGAGACUUAACAGAGCUUCUCAAGCUAGACCUCAGCUACAACGCCUUCUCCGGCGAGAUCCCUCCCGGAGUCGGAAACUUGAAAAAGCUCGAGUUUUUGGAUUUGAGCUACAACCGUUUCGGGAACUACGGCGUUCCUCUGUUUCUAGCGGAGAUGAGGAGUCUAAAAGAGGUUUACCUGAGCGGUAACCUCCUCGGAGGACGCAUCCCGGAGAAGAUAUGGAAGAACCUCGAGGGUAUUUCGGGAAUUGGGUUUUCGAGGAUGGGUCUACAUGGGAACAUUCCAGCUUCGAUGGGGUCGAGUCUCAAAAGCCUUUGGUAUCUUGCGCUUGACAACAACAAUCUCGACGGUCGAAUCCCUUUGGAGUUUUGUCUUUUGGAUUCUGCUCGUGAGAUCAACCUCGAGAACAACAAUCUCACGGGUCAAGCUCCGUUUUCAGACAGGUUCAGAGAUAGGGUCGGGAAGAAGCUUAAACUGAGCGGGAACCCGUAUCUCCUUUUGGUUAAAGAGUCAGUUCCUCCUCUAGCCGGAGAAGUUCUCUCUUCGUCGGCGGUAAGGGCUUUGGCGUCGGUUUGCUUCCCAGCGGUUUUUAUUGUUUUUUACAUUUUGAUUAAACAGUGAAAACAGAGAGGGAGAAGGAACAGAGAAUAGGUUA